GCUUUCACAGAGAGACCUCGAAGGCUCAGGAGGUUCCUGCUAAAGAGGUCACUUUAUCUGAACCUGAAGCAGCUCUUCUGCAGACCAAAAUAAAGGCUACUGAGCUGACGGUGCUCUCUGAAAAAAACACAAAAACACAAUUAAACCGAGGAGCAGGCAAUGUCGAGGUACUUGAAGCGCAAAAUGCCACCAGGUUAGUGAGUGCCGCGGCUAAAGAAGAGUCUGGGCGCAGCCUUUUACUGCCAGAGUCUGAGUCAGAGCUGCCAAAGCUGAAGCGCAGGGGAAGGACCUCAUCACAUCUGUAUCUCUCUGGUAUAACAGAAGUUUCAGAGGAUCUGUGUGGCAGUGGAAACUACACAGCAGAAAUGAGUCUUGACCUUGGGAGAGGUGUAGAGCCUGGCGAUGCUGUACCUGCCCAGGGGAACCUCAGAGUGGUUAUCAACCUAAAGACAAACAACAGUCAGAUAAACCUCGGGGUCACCUCCUGUUGCCUGUCUCCAACCAUCCAGCCAGACCUUGCAAACUCUACCUGCUGUCUUUUCUCCAGGUUAGCAGCAGAACCAGCAGGGAUCACACUACUGCCCACUGCCUUGUCAACGAGUGCCAGCUUCACCAUCAGUCUCUUCCAAAUGAUUAAUUACUCAGUAGUGUACCUACACUGCGAUCUGAGUGUCUGCCUGAGGAACCACUCUGACUGUGAAAGGCAGUGCCUUCAGAAGAGGCGUGCACUUCCCUCAGAGGGCUCGCAAACUUUUGCCACCAAUCUGAAAAAUCGCAUAUCCUUUGGACCCAUGUUGAAACAAGUGAAGAACUCUACCUUUCCAGAGGAGAUAGAACCAUCAGAACUGGACUUGGCUCUGGUCAUAGUCAGCCUGGUGGUUGGCUCCUCGCUUGUCACAGUGAUGCUGCUGCUGGUGUGGCUGGCCUACCGUAAACGGGGUGACUGGCUGCUCCGCUCGGCGGCUCCGCCACGCGCCUGCUGCGGCUGUCUUCACCCAGGAGGUGACUUGAUCCUUCCGUGACCAAGGAGAGGGACCGUCGCCUUUUACACUGAUCAAGUCUUUACCAAAAUAGCUGCAGACAAUUACAUUAGUCAACAGACAGUGGAGCAGUCAAUCAUAUUAACCACAGAGCAGAGGCGGCCAGCUGCAUCGGCUGGUAUAGGCUAGACUACACAAUGAGGAGCAAUCCAAUUCACACCGCCUUUCGCAGGUGACACAGCUGUUGCAGUCUAAUUUUGUACUUAACCAUGAGCAGUCGAUUAUCAUUCACAAAUAAAAAAAA